UCAACUUUGUAAACAGCGGUAAAAUACUAACGUCACAAACAGACAAGUCGGAAAAUUCCUCUUGACUUAACGCCUUACAACUCGUCUAACUUUAAUACCUGCGGAAUCGAAACGGAUGCAGAUUGCUGACAGGCAUCCACACUACUCUGACCACAGCCUUGUUGAUGUUUUAAAAUUCAGCUCAUUGCGUGGGUAAUUGAUUGCACCCAUGAGAAAACUGAUGAAAACAGAACGCUAUUCAAUGGUUUACAUGGACAUUUAAUUUUAUCCUGCUGCUGCUUGUCUCACGUUUUUAUAGACAAUGGACACUCAUGUCAAAAACCUAUACUCGCUUCUUAAGAGCAUAGCUGACGGACGGGCUAGGUACAAUUCAGACGCGUUCUCAGUUGCUAUGGAACAUGUGGAAAGACAUGCUAUACUCAUUGGGCUGAAUCAAGAAGAAUUUCAUGCCUUAGUAUUAGCCUUGUCAAAAAUUGAUAUGAAGAGAUCUAAUUUUCCCUCUACCGCAUUGCAAAAGAUGAUACGAGGACUCAUCCCAAAGACCAGACUAAAAAAAGAAUCUUUAGAAAUUUUGGUUGUUUGGUUCAUGACUCAUUGGCUUCAUAUGCCCAAAAAUGCUUCAAAAACUACUUUCAUGUGGUUCAUAGGUGCCCUCAAGUUUGAAUUAAUUCAAGCUGACGAUAUCAAUUGGUGUUAUGAUUCAUUCUGCCGCGGAUUUGAUAUCCAUUCCUUUAAAAUGCCACACGCCAAAUUCUUGGAGUUGAUCACCACCCCUGAUUUAGUCACGCGAUCCAGGACUCAAUACUUGUUGAAUGAAUUUAACAAGUUGAAACAGCAAAGUCAACCACUUCUACACAUUCUAAGCUUGUUCAAAGCACUUCGGCCAGACAUGAUGCCCAUGCAGAUUCCAGUCAUCACUUCUGAUUUCAAUUCAAGUGCUGAGAAGCGACUGCUAGAUGACCUGGAAGUUGCCUCUGUGAGAGCAGAAAAUGCAGCACACAAUGAUGACAGCUACAAUUUUGCUAGGAUUCGCUGGGCUAUGCAGAAGAAGAAGAAAACCAAAAAACAUGAUGAGGUGUUGCCUGCAGUUAGUUACAAUAUAGAUGCUGCCCAGCACACCAAGGGGAAGGAGCUGCUUCAGUGUGAAACAAUGAAAGACGUAGCAGCCAAUAUCCUUUCAGCAAGGACGCCUGCUCAAAUUUUGUCGCUGAUCACUAACCCUGAGGCAGUGUUUUAUUUGAAAUAUCAGAAUGAUGACGUCAAAUCUCGGUUCAAUUACUGCCUUCGAAUGAUGUUUUCUACGUUGGAAAUAUUCUACUGUGUAAAUAACUUAGAGGAAGACAUUGCAUCUUUGUUGACAUGUGUGAUCACCAAGCAAGAAAUUGAUCAGAAGGGAUCGAGCGUCAUCACCAGCUACUACAGAGACUUCCUGAUGUAUAACCAGAACACAAAGUAUUUGCCUUUGGUCUUAAAACUCACUACUUGGCCUCAAUUUAGUGGCCCAGAAGAUCUCAAGAGCAACACCCUUAUUCCAUUGGAGCAGGCAUUUAGCACGAGCAAAUUCCAGCACAAAUGUUUAGUCAUUGAAGCCCUCUGGAGUAUGGCUUUCAAUAUGCUGAUGGAAUUUGCUGACAAGCAAGCGGAUGAUUUUGAAUGGAACCCUUCCAAGUCACUUGAGAUGGUAACUAAGUCCAUUGAGAAAAUGUACAACCACUGUAUUGCAGCUAAGGGCAUUUUGAGUCUAGAAGAGUUGAAAAUAAGUGGUAUCAAUCACUAUUUGAAGCUCUCAAAUAUUGAACGCACUCUUCAUCGAAGCUUUCAAUUCUACACUGUUGCACCAAGCAGUUUGAUAAUUGGCUGCUUUAUCAGUGGUUCUCCUCACCUUCUUGAGCUUUCUGCAAAUCUUGUUCUUGGGUACAGAGAAAGGUCCAAAACUCUAACAAGUGCAGUGAAGAGAAGCAAAACCGCAGAGCUGGCCAGUUUGGAAAGCAUUUAUCACACUUUGUUAGACUUGUUUGUUGAUGAUGCCGAGUCCCAGACUCUCUCUUUGAUCAAGGCGUCCUCUAGAGAAAGGCAGAUCCCAGUGAUCAGUAGGCGAUUCAUGAGCAAGCACAAACUUCUCAGGCAUGUUGGGUUUCUGAUCACAAGGCUGAAUUUGGAACUAAAUGACAUGAAUGAGUGGAAUUUACAGGAUGCCCUCGAAUUCUGCAGCAACAACUUGCCCAAUUUCACGCAUCUUCUAGCAAUCCUUCACAACGAAAAAUCCCAGAAAUCUUCAUAGGAAAUAGAACAAACAGUUAUUAAGUUUUUAAAAAUUUUACAUUCUGAUUGUUUAUGACGGUUUAUGAACUGAGAAACAAGAUCUCUUUAAAAAUGUGCCUUAACCAUCUGAUUAAUUUUGUAAAUAAUAAGCGCAAGCGCAUCAGCUAAAAUAUAACUGCGUAUUGCU